UUCCCCAAACAGAUCACUCCCAGUUUCAGAACACUAUCACACGAUUCGCAAACCCUAAAUUCGACACUCCCGUCCCUCUCUCUCUCGAUCCCUCCGUCGCUCGAAUCGAAUCAAAAUCACCGGAGACUUUCACAAGGCCAUGGCUUCCGCCGUAGGAGGAGGAGGAGGCAGCGACGUAGAGGUCGGGUUCGCGAAGCUCCAAGGCGAGGAUUUCGAGUACUACAUGCAGUCCUACUCCAUCAUGCUCGGGCGCAACUCCAAGAAAUCGACCGUCGACGUCGAUCUCUCCUCCCUCGGCGGCGGGAUGAACAUCUCCCGCAACCACGCCCGGAUAUUCUACGACUUCACGCGGCGGAGGUUCUCCCUCGAGGUCCUCGGGAAGAACGGGUGCUUCGUCGAGGGCGUGCUGCAUCUCCCAGGGAACCCUAACGUCAAGCUCGACUCGCAGGAUCUGUUGCAGAUUGGGGAUAAGGAGUUUUACUUCCUGUUGCCGGUUCGGAGUAUUUUGGGUGGGCCGUUGGGUCCUAGGCAUCAUCAUGUCUCCGGUGGGGUUGUUCCGUACCAGAGUUAUCAUUCGGGUGGGGGUUCCGGGUCGGGUAAGAAGAGUGGGAGGAGUAGAGAGUUUUAUGAGGAGGAUGAUGAAGAGGAGGAGGAUGUUAGGGGGAGUGGGAAGAAAGCUAGGAGAGAUGGACAUGAUGAAUAUGCUUCCACUGAGAAGAAGAGAGAAGGGAGAACAAAGAUAGAUCGUGAAGCUGAUGAUCUGCAAGUUUUGCAGCUGGAGGAGAAGGAUGUUGUGUCAUCUGUUGCCACUGUGCUCUCUGAUUUGUGCGGUCCUGGAGAUUGGAUGCCUAUGGAGAAACUUCACUCGGUGAUAUUAAAGAAGUAUGGAAACAUAUGGCAUCACAGUCGAGUAAGAAGGUAUCUGGCACAAGAAGACUGGGCAAUCCCUGAAGCAAACGGUAAACCGUGGUACGGUUUGCUGAUGCUGCUGAGAAAAUACCCGGAACAUUUCGUAAUCAACACUAGAUCCAAAGGAAGAGUUACGCUAGAAUUUGUAUCCCUUGUCUCCCUACUCUCAUGAACACUGUAAUCACCAACAUGAUUGUGCUUGUUUCUGUUCUGCUAUGCGGUGGAUUAUUGUUAUUAAAUAUCUUUUGAUUUCUCCCACGAACUGAGUGUACAAACGGGGUUGCCUUAAGCUUUUCUAUCAUAUCGUUGAUUACGUUAUCUUUGA